AAUGUGUUACAUGUCCCGAACCUAUAUGUCCAUUAUGCGUCUUUACUACUAAAUGUUGGAUUCAGAAACGUUUCUGUUACUCUUGUGGAUCCACUCAUUGUGUCAAAUCACCCAAGAGAUGCAUUUUUUGUCCCCAAAUAUAUCCAACAUGUGGCCAGUGUCCUCCUAAUUAUAAGUGCCAAGUUUGGAACCAAGAUUGUUUUACUUGUGCUCAAGCUAGAUGUGUUCCUGAAAGUUAUGAUCCAAAUGAUUACGAUUCGGAAGGUUAUGGUCUGGAAAAAUAA